AUGUUUGGCGCUAGCUCAGGUGGUAACUCACUAUUCAGUGGUAUAAAUACAUCCACCCCGACGUCCACUCCGACUCCGGCAAACACUGUGUUUGCCCUUAACCAGAAACCAAAUGGUGGUGUGUUUGGUAAUUCUAGUAGCAACAACAUUAACAACAAUAACCAAAAUAACGUGUCAACCCCAAGUCCAUCUGGAGGUCUAUUUGGCAAUAAAUUGACGUCUGGUACGGGGCUUUUCAAUCAGACUAACCCACAAGGGCAGCAAGCAGGGGGGUUGUCUGGUCAGGGCAAUAAUACUAGUACCUCGAAUCCCAACACAAGCACUUUAUUUGGAAGUGUUAAUAAUGCAACUGCGAGCACACCCUCGGGGGGUAUUUUUGGAAAUGCAAGUUCUACUAAUGUUCCCACCGCCAUAAACCCCUUAGGUGCCAACGGUGGUAGUUUAUUUGGCAAUAACACGAUACUUACUAAGAAUACUUCUGCAUCCCCUGGGGGGCUCUUCGACGGUAAAACGGUAGCCCCUUCCUCCGCGCCAAACGGAGGAUUAUUUGCGAGUUCUUUGGCAACUGGGACAAAUUGCAGCACGGCAUCAAGCAAAGCAGGUGUCUUCGAUAAUAAAGUGGCGGGAGGUACCGAUGGGAAUGAUCAAAUUUUUGGUAGAAAGCCCUAUAAUAAUUUGUUUGGUAACGCGUCUUCCCAGCCGCAGAUGGCGUUUGGUCAGCCCAUCGCCCAGCAGCAGAACACACAACUGCAUUCAUUAAAAUCUAACCCAUAUGGGCUGCAGUUGACUUCUGUUCCUGUGUCUACCAUGCCUGAAUCUAUAACAUCAUCCUUGGAAGGUAAGAAGGUAAGCGAAUUUCCGUCUGCUGUGGAGAAGAAACGGACGUUUUCAACGUCUUCUGCAGCGCCUCCGCCCCUUCUUGUGAGUAAUCAAUCCACGUUAAUUAGCAAAUUAAGCUCCAGAUUGAAUUCAAUCAAAAGCAGAGAAACCACACAAGGACUUUUUUCCCCUUUUAGGAAGGUAUUGAAUCAGGAUACUGUAGAAGCUUCUCAGCGAUUAAGAGAUCUAAAGUCUCUUGGAAGCAACUCGACGAACAUUCCGCAAAGCAAACAAUUUCAUGCCCUGGUUAAAAGGGCAGAUUUAUCAGAUAUGCGAAAGUUGAAGAUUGAUCCAAAUAGGAGUGCCGCUAAAAAGUUACGCUUAUUAAGCGGUAACAGUUCGAUAACUAAGGUAAAGGUUCUAGGGGAAAAUAGAGACGACAGACCUCUCACUUCCGAGGUGUUCACGCUUACAAAAGCCGAGGGGCAUUCUACCGAGGAUAAUUCUGAAACGCGAUACGAUAUUGAAUUUGCCGGAAAGGAUAACCCAAAUGAUGAAUACUGGUGUUCCCCGUCUAUCGAACAAUUACAGAAGUUACCAAUUAAACAAUUGUCUGCUAUUCCAAAUUUUGUCAUUGGUCGUAAGCGGUACGGCAGCAUCUCUUUCGAUUUAGACGUUGAUUUAACGGAUUUUAAAGAUGAUUUUCGAGGUAACUUGUUUGGGAGAGUUAUUGCAUUCAAUGAAAACAAAACAGUUGAAGUGUAUCCUGAUGAUUCCAUCAAGCCGUCAAUCGGACAAGGCCUGAAUGUUCCAGCAACAAUAUCCUUAGAACGUAUCUACCCUGUCGAGAAGAGAACAAACCAGCCAAUUACGGGAACAUCUGAGAUCUCAAAAGUUCAGUACUUUGUUAAAAGGUUAAAAUGCAUGAGGGAAAUGGAGUUUAUAUCUUAUAAGCCAUAUGGUGGUAUUUGGACUUUUAAGGUGAAACAUUUCAGUAUUUGGGGGCUGAUAAAUGAUUCAGACGUCGAAGUUGACGAAGAAGAAUUAGAAGCAGCCAAACAAGAAGAAAUUAAGCAGCGGAUUGUUGCAAUCCCAAAAAGGUCCGCAUUUGCUAAGAAUAAUGACGGUUUUGUUCCCGGCACGUUUGAUCAAAUUGUGCGGAUCCCAUCUGAUGGUGAUGUUGAUAUGAGUAGCUCCAUAAAAGACGAUCUAUCCGUUAAUUCCGUAAUGUUUGCUAAUUUUGAGGAAAAUUCUGAAGCCAUGCCGGAGUUUCUGGAAGAAAAACCAUAUGAACCAUCAGAUGUUGAAGAGGAUGACUUUGAAGGUUUAGAAGUGGAUCCAAGAUUGGAAGUUUCAUCUAAUUGGCAAAAACAGUUAAAGUUAGCUGGUGAUUCCUACAAAUCUGUGUUUGCUCCCCCUGCUUCAUUGAAGAAGGCCGGGCAUGUGGAGGAUAUUCUUUUCAAGCCAUUCAAACAGAAUAUGGAAGCCUAUAAAUAUAUUCAGAGAAAGAUGAAGCUAUCUUCGCAUCAAAAUAUUGCGAAGUUCAAUAAUGAUUCUACACUAGUUGUCAAAGGUGCAACAAAUAAAUCAAAUUGGUAUAAACAUCGCCUGGCAUCUACUUUGCAUACCUAUAAGUCAUCAAUAGAUAUUGUUUUUAAAAAAUCUUUGAAAACGGCUAUUCUUGAGUCAAGGGGUAACAAUUAUCCUAUUAUAAAGGGAUGGUCACUAACAUUUACCGACAUUGCCAAAGCCUAUGAAAAAUUUGAUCAAGAGUAUAGAAUAUGGAAACUAGCCUCGGUUUUAUUUGAUACCGUUACAUUAGAAGAAGAUAUUGAACAAGAAGAGGUUAGGCAAGUCUUAAUUAAAAAGCAAAGAUAUGAAAUGUUAUGUGACUGGAUUGUGUGCGAGAUUGAAUCCGAAAUAGAAGCCAAAUUAGCGAAAUCUAGAGGUAUCGAAACAAUAUUUUUACAUUUGGUUAAGAGAGAUAUAACUAGAGCAACAAAUGCUGCUAUUGCUAGUAAUAAUCAUCAUUUGGCUGUGCUAGUUACUCUGCUAGGUUCUAAUGAUCCAUUUGUAAGGGAUUUGGCAAAGUCUCAACUUGCAAAGUGGAAGGAAGUUGGUGCUAAGGUGGAUUCUAACAUUGUGAAGAUCUAUCAAUUAUUGACCGGCUCUCCUUUUGCCGCUUCCACUAUGAUCAGUGUAUCUGCAGAGCUAUCUUGGUUGGCAAAUUUUGGACUCCAGAUAUUUUACGGCAAUAUUGAUGUGUUGUCUUUAGAAGAACUGGUUAUUUCUAGUUUAAAGAACACCUUUGUCAGAAACGCUCCUCCUAAGAAUGAUAUUGUUGCCAGUAUUUUGCAGUUAUAUUGCCCAGAUAUUAGUCCAGAUGUGUUAAUAGGUAACUUAAAAAUAUACCAAAAAUCACUUGACGUUCACCUACCGUGGUUCUUUGUUCAGAUAUUAAGCCACUAUAAUAUCUCAGGCGAACUACGUGAUCGUAUAACUCUACAGUUUGUGGAACAACUAAAAAUUGAAGGUAUGCGCAACGAAGCCCUUUUUGUGUUAUGCUUCCUACAAGAUGAUCGUGUUGCCAAGCAACAAGUUAACUUUUUGAUUAGUUCAGAAAUAACCUUUUUUUCAAAUGCUCCCAACUCUGAAUUAUUAUCAAGAUUGAAAAUUCCAGAGAACAUCUAUUACCAAUUUUUGGCUUUAUAUGACAAGUAUAACAAAAAUCAUCUCUCUGAAGCAAGAAAUUUACUCAAGGCUAAAAUGUUUUCUGCCGCGGAAAAAGUAGUAAUUACCAACGUUGCGCCAAGGUUAAUAUUAGAUGGAACCAGUAAGAAUUUACUGAUUCUGCAUAAACUUCUACAAGAAUUCCCUUCUUAUGAAAUGGAUUCCUGGUCUAAAGGAUUGGGAAUUUUUGAAAAAUAUUCAAAUAUUGUAUUGGAUAAUAAUGAUGAUAAAGAGUUGUUGAUGAAAUUAGUUAAUGAGUUACCAAUUUUAUUCAAUGAAUUUUCCACAUAUAGGGAAGUAUCUGUUGUAUGUUGUGCCAUAUCUAAGAAGGUUUGCCAUAUAUUUUUGGAAAAGUAUAGAGAAUCAUUGGAAGCCUCCAUUCUCAGGGAUAGGUUGCUUGCAUUGCCUCUAGGGCAACCAGAAACUUUAUAUUUAAAACGUUCCCUCGCCUCAUUGUAG